AUGGCUCCAUCAGCGGCAUCACUACCGUCAGCUGCAGCAGUGGAGCAGCACCACGAGAGCUUUCGGCGAUGCGUGGACGAUUGGGAUUCUCGCGUGUCGGUGUUGACGCACCAGUUGCAGUCUCGGAGCCAGUCUGCACGUGAAUUAGACAGCUGGCGCGACGUGAUUGGCGUAUCUGCAGAGCCAUGGGGCGGAAGGAAUUCUGCUGCCGCAUCCACAGCAGCUUCUGUAGUGGCCUCGGCAGCAGCUGCACCAGCAGAAGCAGAGGGGUCGGCACGAGUGUCGCCAGAUUCGUUGAAUCUGCUCAUUCAACACAUCUCGUCCAAAUGCUGUGCCAUAUACGAUGCAGAACAGGAGGUCUUACAUCGGUUGCUGCCACGCCUGCUGCUAUUUGGGAAAUCUCCCGCCGUCACCCCCCACUCCAGUGCUACUUCUGAGUUCUCUUCCUCCAACGCAGCAUCCUCUGUUGUGGGGGAAACGAUAGCUGAUCAACACGAGGAUGGGGAUGCGGGUGAAGAUGGGGCUAGUGAUGCGGAGGAUAGGGGGGAUAGGGAGGAGCGGGAGGGCAGGGAUGGAGACGGUGGAUCAGAGGAGAGUCAAGAAGAGAGAGAUGUUAGUAGAGGUUUAGGAGGACCAGCUGAGGCGAGAGGUGAGGGUGGUAGAAGCAAGAGUGACAGACCUCAAGGUGAUGGCAGCGAGGGGGGGCGGGAUAGAUCCGAGGAGGAUUCAAAAAAAUGCGAGGAAAUUGAUUCAGUGGAAGAGGCUGAAGAGGCGGGCUGGGAGGGCGGGAGUGCAGUGGAGGAGAGAAGGGAGGGAGGGGGAAGGGAGGGAACGGGAGGGGUGGAAGGGGAGGAGCAGCAGCGGGUGGCGCGUGUGUUGGUGGAGCUGCAGGCGCUGGUGCUGGUGGGGAAGGACCUUACUGCCACUAUGGAGGAGCUUCUAGUGCUGCUCGUGGCGCUGGUUGGAGGGGAGGAUGGGAGGGGCGCAGGGUGGGAUGGCGGAUUGGCAGGUGGAUUGGGAGAGGGGGGGGCAGAUGAGGGGCUCCAGGGGUUGCUUCGUUCUGAUUGGUUCAAAUCAACCGAGUACUUUGCAGUGCGUCGUGAUGCACCGGCACUAGACGCGCUCGCAGCAGGGGCGGCUGUGCUCUUGGUGAUUGACUCGGCACUUGCUGCCAACCCUGCUGUUGCCCGGGGGAUUGCUGCUUACAACAGAAUGCUUCAGGCAGUGCGUUGUAACAUGGAGGCGUAUUCUGCGGUUCACAGCGGUGCAAAGCGUUACCAGAAAAAGGAAGGGAGAGGCAGCAGAGGUCAACGGGAAGCGUUCGAGUUGUCUCUAGCAGAGCUGCAGGGGCUGCUGAUGAUGCUGGAGGCAGCAAUAGGGCCGCAAGGCGAACAUGGAACCUUCUUCCAGAGCUGGAAGGAGAGUGUAGCCCGGGCAGUGGGUCCUGCAGCACCUCCCCUCGCUGCUGCAGCAAAGGCUGGAAAAGGAGGAAAAGGGGGAACGGGGAAGGCAAGUGCUGGGCGGCAGGUGCUGAGCGGGCGGGCGCUAUGGCGGCAGCAGCAGAGGUGGCUGCUGCCGCUGGUGACUCAUUUGAACGCCUCUGCCGAUUCUGCUCUUCAUGCCAUCGGCAGCCACUCCGAGCAGCACAACACCCGUCGCCACUUAGCCGGAUGCAUCGCUCUCUUCCUCUUACUCGCACCCAUAGCAGCACCGGGCUAUGAGAAGCAACUCAUAAAGGCCACCCCAAGCCUGUUCGAGGCUGUCAGGCUCCAUCCUCUGUUACCUCUUGCCGGACCCCUCCCCCUCUCCGCCUCUCUCCCCCCCCUCCUCGCCCUCCACCUGCCCCCUGCCCUGCUGGCGGUUUCCCCUGCGCCCUUCUCUGCCCUGGGGGAGAGCAAGGGCAGGGGGAAGGCGGGAGCGAAAGGGGCAGGGGGAAAGGGGGAGGUGAAAGCAGGGAAGGGGAGUGCGGAGGGGAGGGGGAACGGGGGAGAGAGUUGGCGUGGAGUGAGGGAGGUGUGUGAGGAUGUAUUGAGAAGAGCAUUGGAUCGGGCUCAUGAAGACCUACCAAGGCUUGCGUCAGCCUUCCCUCCCCUAGCUGCCUCUCUGUCUGCAGCUCUCAGGCUCCCGCUCAGGCUGUCUUUGCAGUGCGAUCUCCUGGAGGAGGCGGUGGGGAGUCAAGGGAAGCUGGUGCAGCAGACUCUUGCCGUCACAUGGAACGCGAGGCAUCAGGUCCAGACUCUGCUUGAUCUGCAUGCCAGCUUGCGGGUGUCUCUCAAGAGGCGUCAGAUUGUGCUAGUCGCUGCAGUACUGCAAGCAAUCAAGCAAGUGGAGUCGGCUCUGGCAGCGUGCCUCCCCUCGCUCUCCCUCCACCUACCUCUGUACCAGCAGCACCUGCUGCGACAACUCAACGCAGCCUUGCUCCCUCUUCAGAUGGAUCAGCUGGCGAAGCUACCCCGGCCAUCUCCCUUGCAAGCACAUCCAACUACAGGAGAUGUGGAAGGAGGGAGCGAGGCGAUGGGGGGAGGAGGGGGUGGGAUAGAGGGCGAGGUAGCAGGCCAGCCCUCAUCGUCGUCGGUUGCUGCUCUGCUUGCUUCAGCACCCCCGCCUGCUGGCUCCCUCUUCCCUUGGAGCAACAAGGCUGCCAUGGAUACCCACAAGAAGCUCGUCAACUCCAUUGCCACUCUCACCAGCAUGCUUCAGCUGACGUGGCAUCAGAUGCCAUCGGAUUGUCUCCUCUCCUUCCUCUCAACUGCUUGUGCCCUCCUCCCUCCCCUUGUCGACCCCAUUCCGUCCUGCCAACCCCUGCUCGCUCAACUCCACUUCUCCACACUCCUCCCCUCCCUUUCAUCCUCCUCCUCUUCCUCCUCUUCCCCCUCCCCUUCCUCCACCACCACUGCAUGCUUCUUCCUCUCCUCGCGGCCUCAUCUCCUCGCCCCUGCGCUUGCUGCCCUCUACUCUCAGCCGCUCAUCCAACCCAACUCGCUCCAGUACCUGGUAGACGCAUUCUUGGAUGGGGCUCGGUUGCUCCUGCAGCCGCACACGCAGGAACGGCACAGCAAGCAGUCGAAAGAGCACACGGGGAGAAGAAGCAGCAGCCGGAGUGUCUCGGGGGGCGACAUUUACAGUGUGGAGAAUCAACUGGAGGUUGCAUUGGUUCAGUCAUUCCAGUGGCCGCUCACUCGAGACGUCAUUGCAGACCUCCAUCUGCAUGCCAUCUCCCACUCUGAUCUGCACUCCUCCAAUCCGCGCUUCAACCCCCGCAAGACAGGGGUUCGCAACCUGCUGCAGUUCCUGCAGCUGCCGCCCAUCCGCCUGCUCUCCAGGCAGAUUGACAUACAAGCACACGUGGCACAAGCACUGGCAGCCUCCCUCUAUAAUCACACUGCAGCCAGUCCUGCCAACUGGAAGCUAGGCGAGGACGUGAGACAGCUAGCGGCCAGCAAAUAUCGGCUGCUUCUGCCGCCGAUUGCCAUAGGAGGAGGCCUGGCAUUCAGACUCCACAGCGCCCCUACUCCCUCCUCCACCUCCUCCCCCGCCCUUCCCUUCUCACUCCUCCACCCUCCCUCACUCGCCGCCAAUCUCCCGUUCUUCGUCUCUGCAUUCUCGUUCGACCUUUCCACCCUAACCUUCCACCAACGGCCCUCCUCCCUAGUCAGAUUCCACGAACCUUCCUCACCCAUCCCUUCCACCCGCCAUGCUGACUCAUCAUCACCGUUCUCCUCCGCGCACGGGCCUCGGUCGCUCACGCUGCGCCAGCUGUCCGGUCUCCUCCAAUCCACGCACGCCAUGCUGUUUCUCCAGCACGCCGCCACGUCAGCGUGCAAGCUGAUUGCGGGGAAGCUGUCUCACCUGUCUCGGUUGUUCCUGCAUGACAGAGCGCACUCGCUGCUGCUGCAGUCGAUGAAGCAGACACAGCAGAAGCAGCAGCAGCAGCAAAUGCAGCAGCAACAAGAUCAACAAGAAACUCAAGCUACUGGUCUGGCUCCUGCUAAGAAUGCUGGUGCUGCUGGUAAAGGUGCUGCUGGUGAUACUGCUGCGGGUGGUGGUGACAACCCUGCUCCAGCAGCUGCUGCUGGCAUGACGUUGACAAUGGAGGCAGUAGACGAGCUGAAGAACAAGCUCCAGGAGAUCUCAGUAGACCCUGACUGGCGCAUAGCCAAGCCUGCCCCAGUUAACAACAACCACGAUGCAUCUGGCACCCCUGCAUCAUCAUCAGCAGCACAAGGGGUUGCAGGGAAGGGGAAAGAGGAGAAACGAGGAAGAGGAGGGGCAGACAAGAGGCCGUGGGGGGAGGUGGUGGUGGAAGAGGUGAGGGAGAUGGGCGUGGCUCUUGGGUUUGUGCUGGCUGCUGCUACAGCUGCGUGCCACAGUGCAGAGCACACUCUCAGCGCCCUUCCCUCACACGCUGUAGGAUCACCCCUCCACCGCCUCCUCCUCGCCUCGCCCCUCUCCCACCAGCCGCUCCUCCUCCUCUCCUCGCUCUCCAACUCCCUCCGCGCAGCUGCACACACUCAACCUGUGCCAUUACUUCAUCUGCUCGUGAACGUCUUUCAAAGGGAGCUUCAAGCCUCGUCUCAUCGCCCCUUCCUCACGCUCCCUGCCGCCAUUCCCCCGCUCUCCCUGCUGCUGGCUUCCAAGAAUCACCUAGCGCAGCAGCGACUGGCAGAUGCAGUGGCGGGUGGUGGCAGGGACGGCCGUGUGGGGGACUAUUGCGUUGACUCACAUACCCUUCACACCCCCUCCCAUCCUUCUCAGGAGCUGCAAGCCUCGUCUCACCGCCCCUUCCUCACGCUCCCAGCCGCCAUUCCCCCGCUCUCCUUAAUUCUGGCUUCCAAGAAGCAACUAGCGCAGCAGAGGCUGGCAGAUGCAGUGGCGGGUGGUGGCAGGGACGGCCGUGUUGGGGGAGGGAGGGGUGGUGGCGGGUCUAGUGGGAGUGAGGGAGGGCGAGGAUGGGAGAGGGGAGGAGAGGGCGAGGGGGGAGCAUGGGAGGCACAGGAUGACGACUGGUUGCCUGAUGAUGGAUUCACGCUGGGAGUGGCUUUUCUUCUCACGGUGACCAAUCAGCGCCUUGCCUUUGACUCCAUGGACUGGUUCUCGCUCGCCCUGCACCAUCUCUCCUUCCAGCGCCAAGCCAUGCCCACAAACCCUCCCUCCACUCUCACUCCUGCUGCUGCUGCUGCUGGCGGAGGUGGUGGUGCUGCUGCUGCUACUGCCGCUGGUACUGUUGGUGGUGCUGUGAGUGGCAAGUCAGCAGGCAGAAGAGCAGAUGCAGGGGAGGAGGAGGAUGAUGAGGAGGAGGAGGGAGAGGGCGCUGGGGGUGCCGGAAGAGGGGUGACUUCCCUCUGGUCCUCCUGGUUCGGUGCCACUGCUGCAUCUGUUGAAACUGCAGCUUCGCAGCCAGAGCUGUCUCCAGAGCUGACUCACCAGCUUCGGCAGAGGGAGCGAGUGCUGGCAGGCAUGGCGGAGCAGCUGAGCCUGAUGAACGUGGUAACCAUUUCCGCACUUCGGCUGUUUGACUCCAGCCCACACACAUAG